UGAAUUUUGGCAAAACAUUGGCUCUUACUUUCUUCGCAAUUAUUCCCCUGUUUUAGGAGUCUGUUAUGUAUGUAAACCUGAUGAUAUUUAUCAUGACACUGUCGUAAAACAUAUCUCAACCGGAACUAUCACAUCCAAAGACAUUCGAAGAGAAUCGUCAAUUGACAAGGAACUAUCACAGAUCAAAAACGACAUUGUCAAUGGCCAUAUGUACGACCCAGAAAUAUCCACACACAACGGCAUUCUGUUUAGAGGACACCGCGUAAUCGUCCCAAAAAGUUUACAGCCAGCAGUACUACAAGAGCUACACUCUACACACAUAGGAAUCGUUCGAAUGAAGGCCCUAGCCCGAAACUACUGUUACUGGCGUAAUAUCGACUCUGAUAUUGAGAAUACGGUUAAAAGUUGCAAAGAAUGCUGUGACAUUAAGAAAAACCCAACAAAAGCUCCAAUACACAAAUGGGAAACACCUACAAGAAACUGGCAACGCAUACACAUCGAUUACGCAGGACCAUUUAUAAAUCAUUAUUUCUUCAUUGUCGUUGAUGCCAAAUCGAAGUGGCCGGAAAUAUUCUAUACAAAGAAAGCACCAGACACAUCAAUCACAAUUCAUUUCCUACGUGAAGUCUUUGCUCGAUUUGGUCUACCUGAGAUCUUAGUAAGUGAUAAUGCAAGCAUUUUUAAGUCACAAGAAUUUCAAGAGUUUUGUUCGAGAAACGGAAUCCGUCAAAGUCUAAUAGCACCGGGACACCCAGCCACAAAUGGCCAGGCUGAAAGAUACUGCCACACCUUAAAAACACACCUCAAAUGUAUGAAGCAUGAAACUGGUACCUUACAUCAGAAGCUUCAUGAACUAUUAUUCCGAUAUAGAGCGACUCCCUUAUCUAACGGGAAAAGUCCAGCAGAAAAUCUAUUAGGACAUACAAUAAGAACAAAAUUAGAUUUGCUCAAACCCCAGGCACAAGCUUCCGAAAGGAACAUAACUGAACAACCGAAAUUCUACAAAUUUUAUCGUGUGGGAGAUCGUGUACAAUCCCGAAAUUACACAACUUCCUGUCCUUGGAAAUAUGGUAUCGUAGCCGAACGACUAGGUCGUGUACACUACUUAAUUGAACUCGACGAUGGAUACGUAAUAAAAAGACAUUACGAUCAACUACGUCUGUGUGAAAUUAACAAACAGACAACUCCCGUCCAGAUAGGAUUCGACUUCAACAAAAAGAAAAUUGACAAGUGCAACGACACAGUCAACAACAGGGACUCAUCCUCAGCUAGCGCUAGUACACACCCUAGCACAAUUAGCCACGACGAAGGAACUGUAACGACAUUACGCAACAAAAGGGAGACAAUGACAAAAACAACUUCCGACCAGCCCCCAGAGAAAGAGGGAGAAUCUAGCCGAAUGAUAACAAAUGGAAAUGAGUCGGAACCUCGAAGAUCAACACAAAUACGGAAACCAGUACAACGCCUAAAUCUCUAAACGAACAAAAUUAAUUUAAAUAACAUUUUAUUAAGUGUGGGAGAAUUGUUAUGUAUGUAAACCGCCAGGGGAUGACCGCUACCGAAAAUCGCCCCUUGACCUACUUAGGUUACCCCACACCUCCGACCUCGUGUAUGUUCUUUGUCUCAACGAGUUGUCUUUAGUUGUUUUGUAACCCCUAGACCUGGACAGGACAAUACGUUGUUCACUCAUUGUUACGUUUAUGUUAAUAAAGCUAGUUAUAUACGUUUACGAGUUAUCGUUAUUUCCACGAAUAUAAUAGAGUCAUUUAGGUUAUUGGUUUGUGAUGUCAGAAAAUGUCGCCAGCUAUAUUCCGAAAGCUGCCAGAAAUAAAAUCUUAAGGCCAUCAACAAUCAUUGUUCGGCAAUUAAUAACAAUCCUUUUUCAUUUCGAUAUUUAAUUUCGUCACCAAUACGGUUUAAAAUAUGAACAAAUCCAUAUUUAGAAAAUUUAUACCAAAUUCAUACUUCAUCUUCGGAAUAGAUUUUUAAGGAAUCAUUUUGACAUUGUAUUACUGUCUCCCUUCGUAACUGUUGAAAUGAAUAAUUUUAAAUAUUUUAUUAUUACUAUUACAUUUUUUUAUUUUUAUAAAAAGAUUUCAGUAAUUAUUAAAAUCGUCUUGUUUGUUUAACAGAACGUUCUGACUAGGGGAUUAACAACAAUGACCCUGAUAUUCAUUAACAUUUUAUAACUGACACAAUAUUCAAAUUGCAUCUGAUUUAAAUUAAUUGUAGUUUUAAGUCUUCACCCAUUUGAAUAUCGGAACAUUUAAAACAA